AUGGUGUCUCAACACCCAUGGAGGCAUCCCCAAUACGGCAUUAUCGCCGUCGGCAGAUAUGCCGAAUUCUACAAGUGGGACGCGGCCACAUCUGCCCCAGUGCUCUACAACGGCAGAUAUGACAUCUUGGGCAAUUCUGCUACUGUUCAUGAGAAGCUCAUGGAGAUCCGGGCGGAGCGCCUCGCUGGGCUGUAG